CAUAGUCCUUAAAUUCCAGUGAAUUCCUACAUAAUCCCCACGAAACUCAACAGCUGCUUGCAGUUGUGUAAAGUUAUUUAUUCUACUGUAACUCGCAGCUUCUCUACAUCCUUUCUGACAAUAAGAAGUCAUCAGUUUUGGGUCAGAGGUUUUUAAUGCAAUUGGGACCAAGGAAAAGUAGACAAGAAAUAGAGAUUUUUUGUUUUCCAUUGUACCUUACUUCUAAAAUAUAAGCUUUCAAUAAUUAGUUACGUUAUAGUUUCAAUAUAAUUGUUUUAGAACUUCCAAGAUCUUGUAUCGGAGUGGUUAAGGUUGAACGUUUGUAAUUGGUGGGUAUAGGGUUCUGUCCAGGAGAUUUUGUUUCACUGAAGUAAACAUUUACAAAAUCACGAAAGGUAUAUUUAAAUUUAUUCUGUGAGUAAAUAUAUUUAUAAAUAAACAUUUCGAGAUAUAUUACUGAUUGAUGUUUAUAAUGUUGUUGGAUGAGUUGUAAAACAGUUCCUGAAAAUAUUGUUGACACAUCCAUAUCUGAGGGUUAAGGUUAUGGUUGUAAACGUCAGUAUGAAUCCGCCUAUGCACAUAAAUAGAAGUGUGGUGAUAACGGUCAGUGAUGGAUAUAACUCAGUCUCAAGAUAGUUUUAAAUAUGCUCUGACUCCUCGAAAUAUUCCGCCUCAAAAUAUUAUUAAUAGGUUGUUCAGGAGAGAGAUUUAUGGGGCUAUCAAACCUGGUACUCAUUUUCACGUUGCUCGAGAAUUUCAUAAGAAUGUUUUCCCCAAUUUCACUGUUGUCAACGUUGAGAAGCCACCUUGCUUUCUGAGAAAGUUCAGCCCAGAUGGUCACCACUUCAUAGCCUUUUCAUCAGACCAAACAUCCCUCGAAAUUUAUGAAUAUCGUGGUUCAUUCGCAGCUGCUGAUUUAGUGGAUGGUUGCAAAGGGGAAUACAUUGGAAAUGAGAAUGAUCAGAGAAGUGAUUAUAUACGCAGUAAGGUGUUUGAACGAUUCUUCAAAUUAAAAUAUGUAGUUAAUGUAGCUCAAAGAGGAGAGCAACUCAACAGAGAAUGCAGUCUUUUCACAGAUGAUGGUCAUUAUGUUAUUGUAGGAUCUGCAGUAUACAUUCCAGAAGACUUACGACCACAUUUCUAUGAGAUAUAUACCAAUAAUGAAGCUGUGACACCUAAUCCUCGUUCACCACUUGAGGAUUAUUCUUUACACUUGGUAGAUUUACAGACAGGUCAUUUGUGUGAUACUAGAACAUUUAAAGUGGAUAAAAUAUAUCUUUCACAUAAUCAAGGCUUGUAUCUGUACAAGGAUACCUUAGCUGUAUUAUCUGUUCAGCACCAAACUAUCCACAUAUUUCAGUUGGUUGAUGGAAUUUUCAUCAAUGUUCGCACAAUUGGGAGAUUCUGCUAUGAAGAUGAUGACUUCCUUUUAUCAUCUGAAAUUUUCCAAGGAAAUGGAUCUAAUGUAUACAGACCUUUUAGGGAUGCAACAAUAAACUCAUUGAAGCAUAGACUUCUUGUGUUCUUGUUUAAAAGGGCAAAGCACAUAUUUGACAUGACAAGUAACCCAUUUGAACUUCGGAAAUUCUAUCAGCAUUUUGACCAGUUCAAAGCUUUACGGAUGUGGAAAAUGCAACUGUUGGAUGAAAAUCAUCUGCUGGUGAAGUAUGCAGGGGAAGAUGUUGUCACAUUGAAAGCAUCAGAACCAAAUUCACAGUCAUCCUUCUUUGUUGUGUAUAACAUCUUCAAUGCUGAAGUUUUGGCUGUCUAUGAAAAUACAUCUGAAGAACUCCUCCAGCUGUUUGAAAAUUUUUGUGACUUAUUUCGUAAUGCGAAACUACAUUCUGAGUCACAGUUCACAUGUUCUCCAUCAAAUAAUAUUUAUGCAAGACUAAUACAACAGCGUUUCAAGCAAACAAUUGUUAGUGCUCGGUUUGGGGGACCAACUGAAGCCACUAAAAGACUGCUGGCACAACUACCAAUCAGUGCUCAGUCUUACAGCAGCUCUCCAUAUCUAGACCUCUCUCUCUUCAGCUACGAUGACAAAUGGGUGUCCGUCAUGGAGAGACCCAAAGCUUGUGGAGAACAUCCUAUCAGAUUUUAUGCACGUGAUUCAGGAUUACUGAAGUUUCGGAUCUAUGCAGGAGUUCUUGGGAUGAGUCCGCCUCCUUCAGCUAAACGUCUUGUUGCCUUCACAUUCCAUCCAACUGAUCCAUUUGCUAUCAGUGUUCAAAGAACAAAUGCAGAAUAUGUUGUUAAUUUCCAUAUUCGACAUGUUUGAACUGUUUUACUUAAUAGUAUGAAACUGUUGUUUUGUAGAUCACAUCUUCACAUGCACUUGUUACCUGCAGGGAUCUAUAGGAAAUGCUACAAAGGAGAUUCAAGAAGUAAGGGCAAUGUUGGAAUGUUUUAACUGUAUGAUUGGCACCACUGCUGGGGCCUGGUCAUACUGUAUCUCAAGGUCAGAUGGUGACAUGCUGUUAGUGUGGUUCCGCUACCCAUUUAUGCAUAGUGAGCAUGACAUAAAGAUUAUUGCUGUACUAGGAAUUUCCACCAAGGACAAGCAACAUGCAAUAUUAUGCUUUUUGGUGUCUCAAGUAAUGAAAAGUUUAGAGAUCUUUUGACAGUUGGCUGUCAAGUAUGGACAGGACUGUUUAUCACAGUGACAUGUGCACAAGUUGAUUAAAAUGUUCAGAAGCAGCUGAACCAGUGUUGCUGGUGUAGACAGGUUAAGGAUGCCUAUCCACAUCUGCAACCAAACAAAACAGGGAGUCUGCUUAAGCACUGAUUCUUGGUAACUGCUGCAAUGCUGGGCAUCAGUGUUGCUCAUUGGUGUACCUCUAGUGUAGCAACCAGCUUUAUGACACACUGAGCACAAAUUUACUACAUGUGAACCACAUUCAUAGCAUGUCACUGACCAAGAAAUGUAGUAUGACCAGGCUUCAGCAGUGUUGCCAAUUAUACAAUGAAAAUAUUUCAGUAUUGCCCUUUUUAAAUUCAACUCAUACAAAGUAAAAUCAGAUAGUUUUGAUUGGAUUUCCUAUUCUAAGUUUUUGUGAGUUUCUUUGUUCCAACUUGUAUUUAUUAGUCAAUAAAAUGCUGAUUUUUAUUGUUCUUUUCA